GACAAGGUGGAAAGAAUGCCGCGUGCUCAGUAACCGCGCUGUUACUGCAAUGUUAGGGAGGUGUAGCGCUUUGACCGAAUGGGAAAGUGAUCUACGGAUAUGACAUGAGAGCCAUUUUUAAAUGCAAAUUAAUUGAGAUGAUGAGAUUAAUAAACAAUGAGGAAAGAAAUGAAUUGCUCGAAAAUGAUCAUUUGGACUAUAUAAUUAAUAAAUCGAUUAUGUUCAUGUUGUGACACCCAUUGUUCCCAUUUGUGUUCAGUUUCAAUAUUGGAAAUAAUUUAAACAAGUCACUUACAUAGACAGCGAAUGUAGAUAAUACCCAGGGCAUGAUAGGUAAUUUUUCUGAUUAUUUGUCUAAUCCUUCAAAAUCCUUUCAUAUAAAAUGCUAAUGAUGGAUAAAUUGAUAAUAUGUAUUGUAUGAUAUGACUGAUGGUAAUAGAAAAAUGUAUUGAAAUGGACACUGGAUUACUUGGAUCACUAACAUGGAUGCAAAUUAAAUUGGAUAUAAUGGAAUUAAAUGGGUAGAUGUAUCUGAAUUCUCAAAUAUGUCAUUUUCAUUUUGUAUUGUAUAAGUGAGUACGUUGCCUUGCCUCAAAAGAGAUAAUAUUGAAUGUUUGAAAGGAUCUGGUGCUGGUACUGUAUUAGCUGAUUAGUGUGCUGAGAACAGAGAGUCAUUGCGGACGCAGUAAAGAAAUCUCUCUGUUACGUGAAUAAAGCUGCCUUGAUUACCAAAUGUCUUGUGAGGAUUUACAUAUUUUAGAAAGCGAAGAUGACCUUUGGCACAUACAGAGUGACGAAUUUGUUCCAUCUAGUGACUCUGAUAAUGACAAUCUAGCAGAGUCAGACCUGUCAGACGAGGAUGAGGAACUAGAGUCAGAAGACCUGGAGUACAGUGAAGAUGAAGUAGCGACAAGUACACCAUCGGGAUGUCCACGAAUUCAAAACCAUCGAGAACAAGAAGAAUGGGAAACACCGCCCAGCGCCAAAAAAGGCCGCCACUCACUUUUAUCUAGUAAGCGUCCUGUUUACAACUGGACAAAAUCUUUUAAGGGAAGAUCCAUCGAGCAAUUCGGCGGUCAACGAGGAGUAACCACCCGCCAGCUAACUCAGACGUCUACUCCCAUUGACUGUUUUUUACAUUUUUUCAACUCCACUGUACUUCAGUUCAUCGCCGACAUGACAAAUCUCAACGCUGUCCGAAAAAUACACGGGCAGUCUGUUGACAAAAAUUGUGAAGGAAGAGAAUGGAAAGCUGUCGAUGUGGAGGAAAUGAAAGCUUUCAUUGGUUUGCUUAUUGCAAUGGGGAUAAUUCAUCUUCCAAAUCUUCAUAUGUAUUGGCAAAGGAAGAAUUGGGUAUUCGAUGUGCCCAGUUUCAACAAAAUUAUGCCAAGAGACCGAUUCAUUGAUUUGUAUGGAUAUCUUCAUUUUUGUGACGAAGCUUUGGUGCGUACAUCCGAUGAUCGGAAAAAUGACAAAUUGUUCAAAAUUCGUGGAUUAUUGUCGCAUGUAUUGCCCUUGUUUGAAAGCUGCUACACGCCAGGCAGAGACAUUGCAAUUGACGAAACUUUAAUACCAUUCAAGGGCAAAAUUAGUUUUCGUCAAUUCAUUAAAAGAAAAAGGGCGCGGUAUGGAAUCAAGGUUUGGGUGUUGGCCGAAUCUUUAACAGGAUAUGUGUCAAGGCUUCAAAUUUAUACCGGCAAGGAUCCGACAGCUGGCCCAGAAACAGGACUGGCCAAGCGGGUGGUAAAGUAUUUGAUCAAUCCGUAUGAGGGAUUGCAUCAUCAUCUGUAUGUCGAUAAUUUUUAUACUAGCGCGGAACUCUUUGAAUACCUUCUUUCAAAAGGUGUUUACGCUUGUGGAACUUCCAAAGGUAAUGCUGCGAGCUUUCCAAAGGAGCUCAUUGUGAAGCAGGCGAGAGCAAUACCCAGAGGCACAAGCGACUGGCGCAUGUCUGGACAAUUACUUGCACAAUCAUGGGUCGAUAAUAGAAUGGUCUAUUAUUUGUCCACGAUACAUAAGCCAGAAUAUGAUUUGAACGAUGACGGGGAAAAGACUGUGAAAAGGAAGGGAAGUCGUCGUGCAUCUAGUUUUGUUGAAAUACCAUGUCCGCCGUUACUCAAAGACUACAAUAAGUACAUGGGCGGUGUGGAUUUGUCGAAUCAAAUGCGAAAGUACUAUAAUUUAACAAGGAAAUCAAGGGUGUGGUAUCGCAAAAUAUUUUCGUAUUUACUGGAAGUAGCUGUACAUAAUGCCAGGGUGGUCUUUGAAAACCUUGCAGGACAGAGAUGUGGCGGAGGCGAGUUUAGAAUGGAGCUAGUUGUUGCUCUUAUUGGAAGUCAUCGAGCUUCUUUAAGGCAUGGAGUUCUAACGCCUGCAUCAAUAACGAGACUGCACAAUGUGGGAUCUCACUUUCCGAUAUCCACCGGUUGCCUAAGGCUUUGCCCAGUUUGCGCAAAAAAGAGUCGGAUAUCGGCUACCAUUAGAGAAGGCACGAUUCCGAGAAGCUCCAUAAAAUGCGGCGAUUGUGACGUUCAUCUUUGUGUUCGCGAAAACAGGUUCUGCUUUCGUGAUUGGCACACAAAGGUUGAGUAUUGGAGAUGAGGUUUGAGAUAUAUUAGGAGACUAUACGCAGUGUUCCACCUUUCCAUCCGAAAUGAACAAUUAACAAAUCUAGAAAAAACAAAAUUGGGGAUUUUGUUCACUCACGCGUUCAGUAUUGCCGGGCGGUGGAAAAAAAUGUUCGAAGGCACUUACAUUUGCAGAAGUACUUUUUCCGUUAUGAAUAGUUUGGAAAAAAUACACUAAAUGUAGAUAUAAAGAACUUCUGCAGAUUUUAGUAAGGUUUUUGCAUGUUUUAGCUUGAUAAAUGACGAAUACCAAUUCAUGUAUUUGCACAAUAAUUUUUUUUUGUAUUGCA